CUAAGUCCUUUUAAAUUCUCCUAUCCACUAUCCCUUAACCCCAUGACGUUUAACUCAGAGGUCAAGGAAUAGAUGAUAGGGUUAGACGUCAGGAGCAGAUUUUUGGAUUAUCAGACCGCAACCCGAUACCGGAAGUGAAAAACAUUCAUAUCCGGUGCUAACUAAUGCCAAGAACAGAGAAAAAAAGCUUCAUUCGCCUUUAAAGCGUAUAUCACAACCAUUUCGGUCACCACGAAUGGCGUCUCAGAUCCCCAUCACCGUCCGGGCUCCUCCAGCCGCCGCCAGCCCGGCCGCCCCGCGGGGGAAAAAGCGUCCCGCGAGCCCGGCGGCUGGUUCUGCUCAGCCGGUCCCCGGGAGCAGCAAGAAGAAGAAAGGGCAGCUGACAGCCACACCAUCGGCGACACAGAUAACAGCAGCAGAGUCGGUGGCAGAGGUGAAGGCAGUGGGAACAGUUGAAAUCGCUCCAAAUGUUCUCUCUGAGUCAACAGCGAAGCCUCCACCGUUCAAAGACCCCGCCUUCGUGCAUUCUGGGAUUGGUGGAGCAGCAGCGGGUAAAAAGAACCGGACCUGGAAAAAUCUCAAACAGAUUCUGGCGUUGGAGCGGACUUUACCCUGGAAGUUUGAUGAUCCCAACUACUACAGCAUUGAGGCCCCUCCCUCCUUGAAGCCAACCAAGAAAUACUCUGACAUCUCUGGACUCCCUGCAAACUACACAGACCCUCAGACAAAGCUCCGCUUCACGUCCUCUGAGGAGUUCUCCUACAUCCGCCUCCUCCCCACUGAUGUAGUGACCGGAUACCUGGCCCUUCGAAAGGCAACAUGCAUUGUCCCCUGACAGCCGAGCAAGACUUGAAGAAAGACAUUUAAACCCGAGCUGAACUCAUGUUUGUGUUUGAGCUGUUGGGCCUGCAAGGAACCAAUGAGAGCGCUGUCUCCACAGAGAGGACACGGAGAAGGGAACUUCUUAAAAGAACAGCUGGUGCCGCCAAACAUUUGCACAGCUGUUUUAGGAAAGGCUUUAACUUAUUAUUCAGAGUUACUGUGUGACAAAUAAAUGCAACAAAUAGUAUACUUUAUUUGAAUGUUUAUUCUCUUUACGAGACAUGUUUGUUGCCUGUAGCUGGAUUGGAUAUCAUAAUUUUACUCUAUGAGAGAAUGUAUGAAUUAUCUUUAAUGAUAUUUGUUCCCGAUAAGUUUGAAAGCUUGAUGUGGAUUUGCUCCUGCUAAAUCACAUGGAAUUACAGGGUGCUGUGCACCCCCUUGUGGUAGAACAUUCAGGGGGGUAACAGUACAAAAAGCUGUUUGAAGAAGUUUGCCCAUUUUAGAAUGAUUGUUACUUUUUACAAGUAGCUCAUUGAAUCUUACUUGAAUACGUUUGAUUUCAGUUUCUCUCUUCAUCUGUGUUUUCUAAUAUGUCUUGUAUGAAUAAAUAUUUCUAAGUUAUACAUUUAGAAAAAUCUAUGUCUGUUCCAAUCUCAAGGUUGCUUUUAUGACAGCCUUUAAUGACAUUGGUUUGACAAUAAUAUCAAACACUCCUCUGUAUUAAGGGCCACAUCUACUGCUGUACAUUGGUUUAAAACGCAGUGGCCUGCAUCUGUGUAAACUAUGAAAAUGUAGCAGGCUAAGCGAAACCUCUUAAUGAGCCAAGAGUCACCAAGCAGUCCUAAUUCACAUGCGUCAUAUGUAAAUGUAAAUUAGUUCCACAUGGUUCUAAUUCCCCGGCUGCAUUUGAUGGAUGAUUUGCUCUCCGACUGGUACAGUGAUGUCUCAUUAAUCACACAUGGCAGGCAUCCAGGAUAAUUUCCAUGGUACAUUUUACGCUAUUUUCACACACUUGAUGAAUGAGGACCAUUGUAUUACUCAUGUGAGCCAUCCCUAUAAUGCUAACGAAGAAUAAAAGAGCCGGCACAAUUAUCGAGGAUCACAAGCUUGUGAAUAUAAACAAGUAAAAUCAUUCAUAUCCGCAGCCACUCUUACCACUGAGCUAUUGUUGAAAUAGGUUUGAUCAAUGUGCCAUUCUAGUUUACAAUUCUUUAACUUCUGCUAUUGUUUUUUGAUGCAUUCUUUACACAGUCCCCGUGAAAACAGAUCACCUUGUAUCUUUGUUCGAAAUACAUCAUCUAUAUGUGUUACCUAUACCUUUUUUUAAUGUGCCAUAAGAUCCCAUUGUUCCCAAAAGCAUAUAUGAUUAAUUGUGCAGAGGACCAGGCUUUACCCAUGCCUGAGUGUUGCUUCUCCCAG